GCCCGCCCCUCAAAAUAGCACAUGCCUCAAUCGAUACCGGACAAUGGCGAAAUAAUGCGCUGCAGCAAUAACUGGCAACUGUUGCAGCCGAUGUGAAAGCGCUUGUGUCAGCGAGGAUGUCCGGGCGGGCGCUGCGUCUCGUGUCGGCGCGCGCUGAGCUCGGGGAGGCACCAGUUGCUCUGGCGCUGCGGCGGAUCUAGACCCGCGUCUCCCGUUCCCGAGUGAUGACGACGCUCUCCGUGCGCGAGCCACCCGAAGCGAUCGCGGCGGAGGGAUAGACGAGGUCGAAGGCGUUCGCGUUUCCGCCGCCGCCGUUGAUCUGCGCGCUUUGCUGAGCGACCAUGGUGGAGCUGGAGAAGGAGGUUCUGCCGCUGCCGCCGCGGUACCGGUUCCGAGACCUGUUGCUCGGGGACUGGCAGACCGACGACAGAGUGCAGGUAGAGUUCUAUGUGAAUGAAAACACUUUCAAGGAACGCCUGAAGCUGUUCUUCAUCAAAAACCAAAGAUCCAGUUUGAGAGUGAGACUCUUCAACUUCUUCCUGAAGGUUCUGAGCUGCCUGCUCUACAUCGUACGAGUCCUGCUAGAUGACCCCCGGGAAGAGAGAGACUGUCCUGGCUGUCUCAGGCAGAAUGCCUCUGCCCACAACAGAAGCCAUUUUGACUGGUCCCUCAUUAUUUGGGUGAACAGGCCUCUACCACUCUGGGCUCUUCAGGUGCUUGUUGCAUUCAUCAGUUUUUCAGAGACCAUGUUGCUGGUGUACCUCAGCUACAAGGGCAACGUUUGGGAGCAAGUGUUGCGCAUUCCGUUCGUUCUGGAGAUGAUCAGCGCCGUUCCUUUCGUGAUCACUGUGAUUUUGCCCUCCCUCAGAAACUUGUUCAUUCCUGUUUUCCUGAACUGCUGGCUGGCCAAACACGCUCUCGAGAACAUGAUUAAUGACCUGCACAGAGCAAUUCAGCGAACGCACUCUGCCAUGUUCAACCAGGUGCUCAUCCUCAUCAGCACCCUGCUCUGCCUCAUCUUCACGUGUAUUUGUGGUAUUCAGCACUUGGAACGAGCAGGGAACAACUUGACGCUCUUUGACUCUCUGUAUUUCUGUGUUGUCACCUUUUCUACGGUGGGAUUUGGUGAUGUUACACCUCAGAUCUGGCCCUCUCAGCUGCUGGUGGUCAUCAUGAUCUGUGUUGCUCUUAUUGUUCUGCCAAUACAGUUUGAGCAGUUGGCUUUCUUGUGGAUGGAGCGACAGAAGUCCGGAGGGAACUACAGCCGCUAUCGUGCCCAGACCGAGAAGCACGUGGUGUUGUGUGUCAGCUGUCUCAAGAUAGACCUACUCAUGGACUUUCUCAACGAGUUCUUCGCACACCCCAGGCUGCAGGACUACUAUGUGGUCAUCCUGUGUCCCGCUGAGAUGGACGUCCAGGUGCGAAGGGUACUGCAUAUCCCGCUAUGGGCUCAGAGGGUCAUCUACCUGCAGGGAUCUGCUCUCAAAGACCAGGACCUAAUGAGGGCAAAGAUGGAUGAUGCCGAGGCCUGUUUUAUCCUAAGCAACCGAUUUGAAGUGGACCGCUUCGCCGCUGACCAUCAGACCAUUCUUAGGGCCUGGGCCGUGAAGGACUUUGCCCCAAACUGCCCUCUCUACGUGCAGAUCCUCAAACCCGAGAAUAAGUUCCACAUCAAGUUCGCAGACCAUGUGGUUUGUGAGGAAGAGUUUAAGUAUGCCAUGUUGGCCCUCAACUGUGUGUGUCCUGCCACCUCUACCCUGAUCACCUUAUUGAUUCACUCCUCUAGAGGACAAACAGCAUCUUCAGAAGCCUUCAAGCAGCGAGCAGGCGCCUUCCAGCCCCUCAACAGGGAGGGCGGGGCUGGCUCUGUCGACCAAUGGCAGCGCACGUACCGGCGGUGUGCAGCCAAUGAGGUGCACCACAUCCGGCUGGAAGAGAGCAAGUUUUUUGGAGAAUAUCAGGGAAAGAGUUUCACUUUUGCCUCCUUUCAUGCACAUAAGAAAUACGGCGUGUGUCUGAUCGGUGUGCGCAGGAUGGACACAGCCAACAUCCUCUUGAACCCCGGGCCCUGCCACAUCAUGGGAGCCUCUGACACCUGUUUCUACAUCAACAUCUCCAAGGAGGAGAACUCAGCCUUCGUCAGGGGCCACAGAGAGCCAGUCAGGGGCCCCGGGGGAGACUCCAGAGGGGUCCCGCAGACAAUCUAUCAUGGCCUCACUCGGCUGCCAGUGCACAGUAUUAUAGCCAGCAUGGGCACGGUAGCCAUAGACCUGCAGGACUCCAGUGACAGCAGUCCAGAAGGCUCGGGCCCACCGGCUCUGGGCAGCGGGACCGUGAGCAGGAGUGGCUCCAGGACAGAAGUGGGUGGCUGCAACACUCUAGCACUGCCCGCCAUGAGUGGCUCAGGGGAGGAGAGGAGACACAGCAUCGCCCCCGUCCUGGAGGUGGUUGACGGGGUGCACAGCCCCACGUUUGACCUGCUGGGAGACCAGUCGGAGGACGAGGGAGGAGAGGAGGGGAAGGAGGAGGAGGGGGGGGAGCAGAAAGGCCAGUGGUGGGGAGCACACUGCGAAUGGGUCAAAGGCUACCCGCUAAAUUCUCCAUACAUCGGCAGCUCUCCCGCUCUCUGCCACCUCCUGCAGGAGAAAAUGCCAUUUUGCUGUCUGCGCCUGGAUAAGGCUUGCCAUCAUAUGCCCUACGAGGACGCUCGCUCAUACGGCUUUAAAAACAAACUGAUCAUCGUGUCCGCAGAAAGCGCUGGAAACGGCCUCUAUAACUUCAUCGUUCCGCUGCGGGCGUACUACCGGCCCAGGAAGGAGCUCAACCCCAUCGUUUUGCUCCUGGAGAACGUACCUGAAGCAGACUUCCUGGAGGCCAUCUGCUGGUUUCCUAUGGUUUUCUACACAGUGGGCUCCAUUGACAAUUUGGAUAGUCUUCUGCGUUGCGGUGUGACGUUUGCUGACACCAUGGUUGUGGUGGACAAAGAGAGCUCCAUGAUCGCUGAGGAGGAUUACAUGGCUGAUGCCAAGACCAUUGUUAAUGUUCAGACGCUCUUCAGGCUUUUUCCAGCUCUCAGUAUCAUAACCGAACUCACCCACCCGGCCAACAUGCGCUUCAUGCAGUUCAAAGUGAAAGACCACUAUUCUCUAGCUCUCUCCAAACUGGAAAAGAAAGAGAGAGAGAGAGGCUCUAACCUGGUGUUCAUGUUCAGAUUACCCUUUGCGGCAGGAAAGGUUUUUAGUGUCAGUAUGUUAGACACUCUGCUGUAUCAGUCCUUUGUGAAGGAUUACAUGAUCUCCAUCACCAGACUGUUGCUAGGUCUUGACUCCAUGCCUGGAUCCGGCUUCCUGUGUGCUAUGAAGAUCACAGAAGAGGAUUUGUGGAUACGUACUUACGGCCGUCUUUACCAGAAGCUGUGCUCGUCGACAGGAGACAUUCCCAUUGGCAUCUACCGCACUGAAGCGCAUAAACUGCCCGUCUCAGAGGUACCUGCUCUCCCUCAUUUUUUUGUUACCGUAGAGUUUCGAUGGAGGAAGGAGUCCACCGUGUGGUUGUCUCAGUCUCAGGUGUCCAUCACGGUGGAGGACUACGAGGAUACCCGCGAACCCCGCGAGCCUCUGCUCUGCCGCUCCGGUCUUCACCGCAACUCCACGUCGUCCGAGCCGCCCUCCUCCUCAUCCUCACAGGCCAUGGACCACCCGCUCCUGAGGAGGAAGAGCAUGCAGUGGGCGCGGCGGCUGAGUCGUAAAGGUGGGCGGGGCUCCAGCGGGGCCAAGGGAGUGGGGAGCGCCGCCGAGCGCAUCAGCCAGCAGAGACUCAGCCUGUUCCGCCGCUCUGAGAGACAGGAGCUCAACGCUCUGGUCCGCACACGCAUGAAGCACCUGGGACUCUCACCAUCUGGAUUUAAUGGGAUGACGGACCAGGGCAACAGACUGUCUUAUAUUCUCAUCAACCCUUCGCCCGACACACGCCUGGAGCUCCAUGAUGUCGUGUAUCUGAUCAGACCAGACCUUCUGUCACCAGUGCCUAACCAGGCCGGCGGUCGCAAGCCCAGCGCAGGGCCAGCGGAGGGACACAGAUUUGACACACAGGACAGCACUCAUCUAUAAACACAAUCUCCACAGGCCACCACCAGCACGAGAAGAUGGGGACGUACUUGUGUGUGUGUGUGUGUGAGUGUGUGUGCGAGUGUGUGUACGGUUGAGAGAGAGCGAGGAAUACCUCUGCAGAUGGGACUGUGAGCUAAUCUACACCGUAAAAAGUGAUCUAGCUUUUAGUUGCCUUCAAUCAGCUUUCAUGUUAAAUGUUGAACUGUUGAGAAAACGCGUUUUUUUAAGCUUUCGUUGAAUCAACUAAUGGAUACUUUUCACAAAAAAAAAAACGUCCAGAGACUGUCCAGGUCACAUCAAAUGCCAAAAAUGGAAUAAUAUAAAAAAAUAUGUUUUGCGUUAAACAAAUGAAGCCUUUUUAGGACCCUUUUGAGUUGCGUUACUACUUUUAUGACAAAAUUAAUAUAUUUGAAUCAUCAGUCACGGCGCGUUUCACAUGCUAAAAAUAUAUUCCGUUCAGAUAUGGUAAUUGUAAUUAUGUCACAAUCAUAACGGUCCUAAAAGUAGGCUUCAUUGUUUAUUAAAAAAAAUACAUUUAAAAUAAAAAAAUUAUAAAAAUACAAAAAUAAAUUAAUAUUGCCAUUCUGCUUAUUUUAAACACUUCUGGAAUUGUGCUUUUUUUUCUAUCAGUGAUGUUUUAACCUCAUGCUUUGCCCCUGUAGCACAAUAAAGUCUUAUGACUUCUAAUAUAACUUAUAUGAUCCUUACCAAACUACAUUAGCUGUGUUUAAGUAUGAUUCUGUAAAUAACAAGAGGUAGAAUGUUUCACUUAAAAGCUUAUCUGUAUCUAAAACUAUCCUAUUAAAUGUAAAAGAUAUCAGUGUAUAAAACUAAAGUAACUGUACAAACCAAUAGAGCUUUUUUUCCAAGAAGAAAAUGUCAUCUUUAAGGCACGAGUCCUCUGUAAUAUCUAGUUCUUUUAACAUUUUUCACCAAAAUGUGUGAUUCUGGUCAAGAAAAUGCUCAAGGCUUUGAUUCCCAGGAAAAAAAACACACAUAAUGAUAAACUCCAGAUAAACAGUAAAAGAUGAAAAUGUAAAUAUAUGAUUGACGUUCAAGACAAAGCGACUGGAUAGCAAACAGGGAACAUUAAAAAACGAAUAAUUUUAAAAUGCAAAAUCAAAUAUUAAUGUCUGCAUUUUUAAUUUGUCAAGAUAAUACGAAACGAACAAUAUCUGUUGAAGUCAAGGUUAAAGUCAAGGUUUAUCAAAUUAACAUCAAAAAGCUCUCCAAAGAAAAUACUGGAUUCAUUUGAAAUCACACGAAUGCCAAACUUUUGUAUAUUUAAGCAACAAAUCACUUUUUACAGUGUAAUCUAAUCCUUAUUUUCUUACUAAAGGACUUUCCAACGCAUGGACCUUUGAAAAGCUCAUUUACAUUUGAUUUAUGCGUCAAAUUAUUUUUGAUGCCAGACAGCCGAGGCCACAUAAGUGCAUUUAUGAUGUAACAUGUAUUAGUCUCUGUGCAUGUGAGUGUAUGUUGAAUAGCCAGCACUGCCAAUCUUGACUUGGACCGCCAAAGGAACACGCUGCCAAAUGUCUGUGGACGGGGGUUUGUUCUCUGUUGCUCUCUGUCAUGCACAUUCAGUGUCUGUCAGCCGCUCUGAGGAUCCCGAGAUUCAUCAAGCCGUAUCAGAAAGGCAGUGCUUGUACAUUUUGUGAACGUUUUCCACGUUUUCUCAUUCCCCAAACUCUCUCUGGACUUGCAUAUUGCUUUUGCAAGCUGCCAAAAAGGAUCUUAUUAAAUGGCCAUUGGACCAAAUGAAUGAUCCACAGUCUUUCUCAUUCUUUUGCCGCGACAUCUGUUGGUUAUUCCCAGAGGAGGCUUUAGAAACAAGCCUUCUGUGUCUUCAAUGACAUUUUGAAGUCAGCGUCUUUAAAGAAAAUUUAAUUCUUUCUGUAAAAUGGUUUAAGUCUCUGUUUGAUGUUUGCUUUGAUAAGAUCAUCUGUUCGGCUUUGGGUUUGUGGGUUUAUUUGUUUUAUUCCCCCUACUACUGAGAUGUUUCUGCCUUCACCAAGGCUGUUUUUGUCAUUCGUCAGUGAAAUAUCCUGUUGCUGGCAUGCAUGCUAAAGAACAUGCAUGUAAAGACCAAGGAUUUGUUUGUCCUGCCAUGAAGUACAGGAGUGAGCGAGAAUGUACCGUCAUGCAGCUCUGUGUUUACGAUGCACUUUUGCCUUGAUUCGGUGCCAUUCAAACACACGAGCGUAAUAAAAACAACCAAACCGA